AUGUCCGCCUACCGCUCUUCUACGGGCAAUUUGGAUCGCUUCGAUGAGCCGCUUCGUGGCGGCGCGGCGGAGAGAUGGGAUCGCGAAAAGUUCGAGCGCAUAAGAAGAGGCGGGGCAAAUGUGGCAGGUGGCCCUGCACCUGGAAGCAGCACGGGAAGCCGUGGCCGUGAUGACUACGAACACUUUCGCUACCAGGAGCAUGACCGCUAUCCAGGAGGCCACAGGGAUAUUGACAUCCACGAGGACCGCCGACGACCCGGUCCUCCAGUCAUGGAGAGAGAAGUUAUCCAUGACGAACGCUUCGAACGCCCUUCCCGCCGCCCCAACGACCUCUUCCAUGAGCCGACGCCCUCUGAAAUAGCCAACCAGGCACUCGCUCCCUACCGUCGCCGGUCCGUCAUCGACAAGGACAUCAACAUUGGCAUCAACAUCGAUGACCGACGACAACCUGCCCGACCACAACGACCAGGCUAUAUUCGACGCCAAUCAUCUCUAGAUACUUUCGAUCGCCGGCCCCUCCCGCGCUACACUGAACUGGAGAGACACGACUAUCGCCCCCCUGCCAAUGUCCCCAUUCCACUGCCUAUUCGCGAGCGCCGUCGGUCGCCUCCUCGCCGCUACCACGAUGAGGACGAUUACGAAGAUGUCAGAUUCGAAGACCGCAGUGCAAGGGGUAGGGAACGGGAAGGCUAUCGCGAGGUUGAAGUUCACCGCGAAAAGAGUCGUGUACGACGGAGUAAGAGCGUAGCAAAAUCGACACGCAGCUCGUCAAUGUCCAGCUUCGAGGAGAUUCAGCCACCUCGCGCGACUUGGGGCAAGAGGGGCAAGACAAGACUCCCAAAGCGCCUUGUGAAGAAGCAAGCAAUCAUUGAACUUGGGUACCCCUUUGAGGAAGAAGAUAACUUCCUUAUCGUUACACGAGCCCUUGAGAAGGAGCAUAUUGACGAGAUCAUCAAGAUCAGUGAAAACUACAAAGAGGAAAAAGUCACAUAUGUGUAUGAAGAACAGAUCGAGGCUCCCGCUCCACCACCACCACCGCCUGCUUCCGUUGCACCUCCACCACCUCCUGCGCCUCCUUCCGUGAUGCAUGCUCCACCUCCACCCCCUUCGGCAUAUGCACCCGUGCCGCCAAGUCACUAUGCUCCGGCACCAUCUUCUCACUACGCCCCGUCACAGCGCGCACCUUCUCCAUCAGUACAUGAGCACGAUCGAUAUGUCGAAAUUGAGCGUUCCAAUGAGAUCCACGGACCGGCCACCUCCUUCCUCCCCGGCCGAGGAGAGCUAGUUCGCAGAGACGAUCAUCGCACAGAGCGUGAUAUCCGCGAUGAGAUUCGCUUCCUAGAGGAAGAACGCCGCAUGCUCAAGUAUGAGCGUGAGGGUGAUCGCGAGUACGAGUUCAUCGAGCGGACACCCAAGAAGGAGGUUGUCCGUGUCGAUAGAGAUCGAAAGGUACGACGAGUGAAGGACCGACCGAACCCCAAGAUUGUUGCGGCGAUGAUGAGCACGUUAACUUGA